AUGGAUCGGUUAGAUGAAUUUGUUAUAACAAGUUCAACAAGUGGAGGAACUGGGUCAGGACUUUUUGAUUCAUUAUCGCAUAUGUUAAUAGAAACCGAUUUUCAAAAAGUAAGAUAAAAUGGAUUUAUAAUUUUCCCAACUUCUGAUAUGUCAAAUAAUAUUGUUGGAUUAUAUGACGCUGUGCUAUCGAGUAUUCUUAUGAAUAAAAAUUUUGAUAGCAUCACAGUGUUUGACAGUAAGUCUAUGUACGAUGUUAUUGAUCAUCAAUUAGAUUUAGAUUUUGUUGUUUAUAAGCAUUUAAAUAAUUUGGUUGCUCAAGUAAUUAGCUCAUACACUGGAUUAAAAAGAAUAAACUCUUGUGAUAACUUUAAGUUGUUUUAAAAUAUUUGUCCUUAUCCUAUAAUACAUUAUUUAAUUUCAUCAUAUGGUAAACUCACUUCAAUAAAUGAUUACACGAGAAAAGAAUUCGAAUACGGAUAAUUCAUUAAAUAUCUCUCAAAAAAAAGUAAAGACUUUAUCAAUGUCCUUAAAAUCCUAGAUAUCUUUUUACUACCUUAUUACUGA